CGCAGUUCGAGUUUUCCUACCGUCUCUAGAAGAUUCUUCCUUUGUAUCGUUCCUCUUUCCCAAGAAUUUUCCAAAGACAUAUUACAAUUUACAGAGUUAAAAACGUUGUCAAGCAUUGGGUGUUGCAAAAAACAUUUAAACUUUGACUUGAUUUCCAUUUUUUAAGAUAGUUUUUCUCCGCUUUCGAGCGAAGGAAAUAAUCCUAUUUGUUUGGUAUCUCAUUCGUGUUUUGAUUCGACAACGUGGUGACGUCGUUCGUGCCGUGCGUCACAUAAGCAAGAACGUUUCUACAGUAAAUUCGACUAUAGAGAAGAAGUAAAGAACUGAUCUCACGCAGCUUUUACACGCUCGUAUCUGAAACAAUCCACGCGCUCAAAUCCUAAUUUGUUGCCAUUAUCAGACGAAAUGGAUCUUUAUUCCGAAGUAGUUGGCGCACCAAUCGAUGAUGUCGAAGCUCCUGUUGAAAAAGGGGAAGGAGCUGAAACAAAUGGCAACAGCACGCAGGUAGCCUCGUCGGUUAUGCCAGCAUCGGCUUCUGUUGACGAAAGGCUUACACGACGGGCUAAAAGGCCAUCAAAGUACCUGACAAAGCAUCUCAAUAAGGAAGGCAGUAGCAGCCCGAAUGGCCAAAACAGUGGAGGGGAAGGGUCGUCACUUGUCAAUGGUGUCCGAACGGUCAAAAAUCUUCGACGACCCAGAAAUGGCUAUGGUAGAGGUCUCCCGAAGAAAGGCGGUGCUGGGGGCAAGGGCGUUUGGGGUAAACCAGGUAUCGAGCUAGAUGCUCCGGAGGUGAUGGAUGAGAAGGAUCCGAAUUAUGAUUCCGAUUCAUUGGAUAAUGGCGACGUGAGAAUCGAAACUAUCGUUCCUCAACUGACACACUCCGAGAUUAAUAAGCACUUGGAGCCCAUUAUUCUAGAAUACUACAGUCACGGUGACACGAAGGAGGUGGCUCUGGCGCUUGAAGACUACAAUUUCGGUGAAAAUCGCUACCUCAUUGCUGUUGUUGCCAUCGAACUGGCUAUGGAUCACAAGCCGUCCAAUCGUGAAAUGACUUCCGUCCUGCUCUCUGAUCUCUAUCAGCAUUAUUUGACAGAACGAGAAAUGGAAAAAGCGCUGGAUCAAUUGCUCCGCAAUUUGCCCGAUCUCGUUCUAGACACUCCAGAUGCUCCCAUCAUCCUGGGCAAUUAUAUUGCCCGCUCCGUUGCUGAUGAUACGUUGGCGCCUCGUUUCUUACAGAAUUAUCAAGGCAAAGUCGAAUGCGAUUUGGCCAAGCAAGCUCUGGCAAGAGCGGACGUUUUGCUAUCGAUGAAGCAUGGAAUGACCCGUCUAGAUAAUGUCUGGGGUGUCGGCGGAGGAUUGCGUCCAGUGACAUCAUUGGUUCGCUCGAUGGGCCUUUUAUUGCAAGAGUAUCUAAUUUCCGACGAUACUAAAGAAGCGGCUCGCUGCCUUCAGGAAUUAGAAGUGCCACACUUCCAUCAUGAGCUGGUCUACGAAUCGUUCGUGAUGGCACUAGAAGCUAACAACGAGGAGACGGAGAAUUCCGUUGUUAAACUGCUCAAGUCAUUUUACAGUAGUACUAUCGUCACUCCGGAUCAAAUGAAAAACGGAAUUUAUCGUGUUUUGGAUGACCUGGAUGAUAUUUGCCUAGAUGUACCUAAUGCGGCAAUGUACCUGGAACGGUUGGGAGGCAAGUGUAAAAUCGCUGGACUAAUUGACGAAGCUAUGUUGCAAAAGUGCAAUGCUGCUAGGGGGCGUAAACGUUUCGUCUCCGAAGGCGAUGGUGGACGUUUCAAAGAUUAAAAGAGACAUCCUUUAUCUUUUCUUGGGUGAGUCCAGUUGACCCUGGGAAAAUCAAAUCGUUAACACUGGAUAGUAGAAAAUCCAGAAACUGGGAGAGAAAGGAGAUGAGAUAGUGUGUCAAGUGUUGAGUGUUUUAAGAAGACAUACAAAUAACCGAAAAUUUUGGUUAUAUACCUAAACCCACCCCUCACUCUUGUUAUGACCUCUUCCCUUACACCACCACUCUAUUUUUUGUUUUUCUCACAUUUCUCUUUUCCGGUGUUAUUUGCAAAAAAAUUAACGGAAUGUUUCUCCCAUUUUUUUUUAAUUUACUCAUAAAAUUACAUGUAAAGGUUUGGAAGCAAAUAAACCAAAUGUUUUGAUCUUUCAAA